UGGGCUCGCGGAGCAUUUCUGGGUCCUGCUGGCAGAAGGGAAGGGCAGAGCCCAGAGGCCUCGCUCGCUCUGCAGGGAGAAGAAGGAAAGGAGGCAACAUGGGCGCCUUGGCACGGAGGGGCUUCUUCCUGGGAACUGUAAGCUGCACACUCUUCUUGGCAGUCAAUACCUUGUAUUCUUCCGGCGAUGAUGUUAUAGAACUGACACCAACAAAUUUCAACAGAGAGGUUAUUCAGAGUGACAGCUUAUGGCUAGUAGAAUUCUAUGCUCCAUGGUGUGGUCAUUGCCAAAGGCUGACACCUGAAUGGAAGAAAGCUGCCACAGCACUGAAAGGUGUUGUGAAAGUAGGAGCAGUCGAUGCAGAUAAACAUCAGUCCCUAGCUGGUCAGUAUGGUGUCAAGGGCUUUCCCACUAUCAAGAUAUUUGGUGCCAAUAAGAACAAAGCAGAAGAUUAUCAAGGGGCUAGGACAAGUGAUGCUAUUGUUGAUGCCGCUUUAAGUGCUCUCCGGUCACUGGUAAAAGAUCGCCUUGGUGGCAGAGGAGGUGGCUAUAGUUCUGGAAAACAGAGUAGCUAUGAAAGUGGAGGCUCACGGAAAAAGGAUGUGAUCGAACUAACAGAUGACACCUUUGAUAAGAAUGUCCUGAACAGCGAUGACAUCUGGAUGGUAGAGUUUUAUGCUCCUUGGUGUGGACAUUGCAAAAAUUUAGAACCAGAAUGGGCAGGAGCUGCAACAGAAGUGAAAGAGCAAACCAAGGGGAAAGUGAAGUUGGCAGCGGUAGAUGCCACAGUCAACCAGGUGUUAGCAAAUCGAUAUGGGAUCCAUGGGUUUCCUACAAUUAAGAUCUUCCAGAAGGGAGAAGACCCUGUGGAUUAUGAUGGUGGAAGGACAAAAAGAGAUAUUGUUGCUCGUGCCCUGGACCUCUUUUCAGAAAAUGCACCACCACCUGAACUUCUGGAGAUUAUUAACGAAGAUGUUUUGAAGCAAACCUGUGAAGCCCACCAGCUUUGUAUCAUUUCUGUCUUGCCCCAUAUUCUUGACACAGGAGCUGCAGGUAGAAAUUCCUACUUGGAAGUCAUGUUGAAAAUGGCAGACAAGUACAAAAAGAAGAUGUGGGGGUGGCUGUGGACAGAGGCUGGAGCACAGUCAGAUCUUGAAAAUUCCUUAGGGAUUGGAGGCUUUGGAUACCCAGCUAUGGCGGCAGUUAAUGCUCGAAAGAUGAAAUUUGCAUUGCUGAAAGGAUCUUUCAGUGAACAAGGGAUUAAUGAAUUUCUCAGGGAGCUCUCUUUUGGCCGAGGGUCCACAGCACCAGUAGGUGGAGGGGGCUUUGCUAAGAUUAAUUCAGUAGAGCCCUGGGAUGGCAAAGAUGGUGAGCUACCACCUGAAGAGGAUAUCGAUCUCAGUGACGUAGAUCUUGAUGACUGGGAUAAAGAGAAGGAUGAAUUGUGAGACCGUGAAGACAUUUUGUUUCUUGAGAGACUUUAGGUGGUGAUUUGACAGAACUUCAGUUUGCACACAGAAGUACCAGUGGUCUUUUUGCUGAGACAGAGCACCUGAGUCAGCGAUUGAGAAUGCUGUUAAUAGCGUACCUCUCAAGAAAAAAAAUCUCCAAAAUUCUAUGAAUUUUUUUUGUAUUGAGUAAAACUGAUUGUAUUCUGUGUGACAGAUACCUGGAAGAUGAUGACACUGACCUUUCAUUGAAAUAACUCCCAAUUUUGGCUUUUGUCCGGCUGGUAUGUGGUGAUUGAUGGUGACUUGAGACUUUUUAUUGUAACUAGUUUGAAAAUGUGGUCUUUCCCCCCUCCAAAGUGCUAGUUGCUCUAGCCUUCAUUUCAGUGAAAGAAUAAAACAAUAUUUUUGA